AUGGCUGCUUCAUGCUGCUCUCUUACAUCGUUUCUCCUGCUUUUCUUAUUAUUUUCACCGGAACCGACGUUCGCCGCGUCGGAUUCUCAGGCUCUGUUGAUGCUCAAGGAGUCUUUUGACGACGCCAUCGCUCUUGUUUCUUGGACUCCCGGUUCUGUCCCUUGUAAUGAAGAGGGUCCGUGGGAAGGUUUGCUUUGUUUAGAUGGGAUUCUCGUGGGUUUACGCCUCGAAGGCAUGGGAUUAUCCGGUGAAAUCGACGUCGACGCUUUGAUUCUGUUGAAGGAUUUACGUUAUUUCAGUGUUUUGAACAAUUCUUUCGAUGGAAACAUCCCCGAAAUCAAUCGUUUGGGUGCUCUGAAAGCUUUGUACUUGUCGAUGAACAAAUUUUCCGGUGAAAUACCACCGGAUUAUUUCACCGGCAUGGGAUCGUUGAAGAGGGUUUGGCUAUCGGACAACGAGUUUUCCGGGAAAAUCCCUGAUUCGUUAACGAAUGUUUCUCGUCUCAUCGAUCUACACCUCGAAAACAAUCAGUUUUCCGGAGAAAUCCCGGAUUUCAAUCAACAAGACUUGACAUUCGUCAAUUUCUCAAACAAUAAACUCGAAGGCGAGAUUCCGUCGAGUCUAUGGAGAUUCUCAGCAAAUAUAUUUGCUGAGAAUCCAGGUCUUUGUGGAGCUCAAAUAAGGGUUCGCUGUAACAAAACUGAUAAACCAAGCAGUGUUAAUGGCGGAGGAGAUAAAAAUGAUCGUAGAAAGAUCAUUGCUGCAACUGUAACGUUAGGUGUUAUGCUUAUUGCACUCAUCAUCUUCCUCGUAUUCGCAUGGAGGAAAAAGAAGAGGAAGAAAGCCUCGAAUGGCCGCGGCAAUGCCACCGAGAACGGAAACUCGAUUGCGAAUAUUGAAGCUCAGGUUUCAAUGCCGGCCACCGUAGGAGAAGUCCAUGUAGUUCGAAGGAACCCAAAUCGCCAUGGAAGGUGUAUCAGUCACCCUGGAACGUCCCGUGGUGGUGCGGUGCCCGAGCUCGUCGUGGUGAAUCAUGAAAAGGGUGUGAUUGGUUUGCCAAGUUUAAUGAAGGCUGCUGCGAUAGUGCUCGGGAACGGCUCAUUGGGGUCUUCGUAUAAGGCCACGAUGGCGAACGGAGUCUCCGUGGUGGUGAAGAGGACCAAGGAGAUGAAUUCAUUAGGGAAAGAUGAGUUUGAUGUAGGGGUUAAAAGGCUUGGGAAGCUUAAACAUCCUAAUGUUUUGACACCUCUGGCUUACCAUUACCGGAUCGAAGAAAAGCUUUUCGUUUACGAGUUCGUCGAGAACGGAAGCUUGCUUUAUCGGUUGCACGGUGAUCGAGGCACAUUGGUUGCAGCAUUCGAUUGGCUUGCGAGACUAAAAAUCGUGCAAGGAAUCAUUGAGGGACUCGAUUAUAUUCACGCUGAACUUGCUUAUCUUGAUGUUCCUCAUGGCAAUCUCAAAUCAAGCAAUGUUCUGCUCGGUCCGGAGAACCGUCCGCGUGUUUCCGAAUACGGGUUAUGUUCGUUGGUAAGCACCGACCGGACCGGAACCCUCAUGGCUUACAAUACUCCUGAAGCUACACAACAUGGAAAAGUAUGUCAUAAAAGUGAUGUUUAUUGCCUAGGAAUAAUCAUUCUUGAGAUCCUUACAGGGAAAUUCCCAUCUCAAUAUCUUGAACAUGGUAAAGGUGGGAUUGAUGUCGUCGAAUUGGCGGCAACAGCGCUUUCCGAAGGAAAACAAGCUGAAGUGUUCGAUCCGGAGAUCGCCAGUGGCUCGAAUUCACUUGGGGAAAUGGAGAAACUCCUUCGUAUAGGCUCACUUUGUACGAAAACGAGCCCAGACGAAAGACUAGACUUGAAAGAAGCUAUUACAAUGAUGCAAGAAAUACGAGUAGACACCGCCUCGGAGUCCGGUCCUCGAGCUACAACAAUCGAAGCCCCAUCGUCGCUUCAAGAAGGUCACGCUGAUGCAAAAUCACAGGUUGAUUCAUCCAGUAUCCGAGAAGGAAAUGUGUGA